UUCGGUGUAGUACUGUCUGAUAAUGAAUGUUUUAUCAAUUAUUACAUUCACAAUAUGCGUUACAUUAUCACAAACUAGAUUAAUUGAAAGGCACAUCGUUAAUAAAUCUACAAUUGAUGUAACACCAACUAAAUUGUCGACACCUACUCGAUUAACAAGGCAAACUUUCGAAGAGGAUGGCUUAACAGGCUUCUCGAGGGAAAUCAACUUUCAAACCGAUGAUGAAUAUAGCAAUAUACGGCCUUUUGACAGAAAGGCUAGAUACUCUUUUAAAUCAAAAGAAUUACCAUCAAUGUCCCAGAAGACGCGUUUUCUUAGAGAAUCCAAUGAACGUAUAAACAUAGGUAGUCAAAAUAGUUCUAAAGCAGAGAUAUCAGAUAUUAAAACAAAGAUAGAAUUAGUGAAAACACUAAUACCCAAAUACAAAGAUAUAGACUAUGACGAAGAUUUUCAAAUGAAGGUAAAUCAAUUGCCAGUAAGAUUGCUUGAUUCUGGCGAACAUGAAGAUGAUGAUUUUAAUUUGGACGAUUAUGAUUUCGAUGUUAAUCAUGAUGAAUUUGCUGGCAGAGGUAAGCCAUUGGAACCUCGAACAAAAUUUAAAGAUACCAAAGAAAGAAGUCGUCUGACACCGAUGCCUAAACUUGUUAUUGAGCCACCACCCGAUAUAAAAAUACAGAACAAAGGAGUCAUACCUGUUAUGGAUACAAACAAAAAAGAAAAAGCUGAUAAAGCAUCAGAUAAAAUAAAAGAAGAUUACUAUGACGACCUAGUGACAAGUACUAAGCCUUCGGAAACUGAAAAAUCACGAGACGAAGAAGAAGAAACUGGUAACGAAAAUGAAGAAAGCAAAGAAAUACUUGUACGCAGUGUGAGGUCACCAUGGAGUGACAGUUCUUAUGUAAACAAAAUGGGAGGUCAAGCUACCACUGUCGUUACAAAAUUAUUGGGGAUAUUGCCUAUGUUUCCGGAAGCUCCACCGGAUACGUACUCUGACAGUGAAUCUAGUCACUCUAAUAACCCUAUGAUGGACCCCUUGACUUUGUUUUUGUUCUAA